AUGUUCUCAAAUUCCCUGCGUUUACCGUCUCGUCUCCUCUCCAAGUUGAAGGUAUCUCGGGGUCUAUGUUCUGUUCCGGCACCGGUAUUUGAAGAUUCCGGAGAUUUUCUUCGUUUGAGUAGCAAUGGCGUUCGUGUUUUCGACCUUCUCGAGGACAAUGAUAUUCCCGCCGUUAGACGUCUCUACAACAUGCUCCUGAAGCAAUGUACUGUCUCCAAGCGACUCACUCAGGGAAGGAUCGUUCAUGGCCAUGUUGUUAAAUCUCUGUUUUGCUAUAACCUCGUUAUGCAUAACACUCUGCUCAAUAUGUAUGCGAAGUGCGGAAGUUUGGAGGAGGCACGCAAGGUGUUUGAUCAAAUGCCUGAAAGAGAUUUUGUUACUUGGACUACUUUGAUUUCGGGUUAUUCGCAGCAUGGUCGACCCUGUGAUGCGUUACUCUUGUUUAAUCAGAUGCUGAGACACGGGUUCAGUCCCAAUGAGUUUACUUUGUCUAGUGUGGUAAAAGCUGCUGCAGCUGAGCCUCGGGGAUGUUGUGGUCACCAACUUCAUGGCUUCUGUCUCAAGUGCGGGUUUGAUUUGAAUGUUCAUGUUGGUAGCUCUCUUCUUGAUUUGUAUACUCGCUAUGGUCUUAUGGAUGAUGCACAAUUGGUCUUUGAUGCGCUUGAGAGUAGGAAUGAUGUUUCUUGGAAUGCUCUGAUCGCUGGCUAUGCUAGGAGAUGUGGUACAGAGAAGGCUCUUGAGCUUUUUCAAGGGAUGCUUAGAGAAGGUUUCAGACCUUCCCAUUUCUCGUACUCUAGCCUCUUUGGCGCUUGUUCUAGUACAGGGUUCUUGGAGCAAGGGAAAUGGGUGCACGCGUAUAUGAUUAAAUCCGGUGAAAAGCUUGUGGCUUUCGCAGGAAACACUCUUCUUGACAUGUAUGCAAAAUCAGGAAACAUCCACGAUGCGAGAAAAAUAUUUGAUAGGUUGACUAAAAGGGAUGUGGUGUCUUGGAACUCCCUGCUGACCGCGUAUGCCCAACACGGAUUUGGAAGAGAAGCAGUGUGUUGGUUUGAGGAAAUGAGGAAGACCGGGAUUCUUCCCAAUGAAAUCUCGUUUCUUUCUGUGCUUACAGCUUGCAGUCAUUCUGGUCUUCUAGAUGAAGGGUGGCAUUACUUUGAAUUGAUGAAGAAAGAUGGAUUAGUACCUAAGGCUUGGCACUACGUCACGAUUGUAGAUCUUCUUGGGCGGGCAGGUGCUUUUGAUAGGGCACUGAGAUUUAUCAGAGAAAUGCCAAUAGAACCCACUGCAGCCAUCUGGAAAGCCUUGCUUAAUGCUUGUAGAAUGCAUAAGAAUAUGGAAUUGGGAGCUUAUGCAGCCGAGCGUGUCUUUGAACUUGACCCUGACGAUCCUGGUCCUCAUGUAAUACUAUAUAACAUCUACGCCUCGGGUGGUAGAUGGAACGAUGCUGCAAGAGUGAGAAACAAGAUGAAGAAAAGUGGAGUGAAGAAGGAGCCUGCGUGCAGUUGGGUAGAGAUUGAGAACGCAAUCCACAUGUUUGUGGCAAAUGAUGAAUGUCAUCCACAGAGAGAGGAGAUUGGUCGAAAAUGGGAAGAGGUUUAUACAAAGAUCAAGGAGUUGGGAUAUGUGCCAGACACAAGCCAUGUAGUAGUCCAUGUGGAUCAACAGGAGAGGGAAGUAAAUUUACAACAUCAUAGCGAGAAAAUCGCAUUGGCGUUUGCACUUCUCAACACUCCUCCUGGAUCAACUAUACAUAUAAAGAAGAACAUCCGGGUUUGUGGGGAUUGCCAUUCAGCAAUCAAGUUGGCGUCAAAGGCGGUUGAGAGGGAAAUCAUUGUGAGAGAUACAAAUCGGUUCCACCAUUUUAAGGAUGGUAGUUGUUCUUGCAGGGAUUAUUGGUAG